AAAGGAAAACAUUGCAAAUUAUUGUUCCUCAACACUUGAGAAUAAUGUUUACAAAAUUAUUAUGUGUUUUGGUAAUUUUGAGUGGAUGUGUUGGGGAUCUGAGUGAGUUAAGUGAAGAUGAGUACUUUGACGCUGUCAUGGAUAUGUUAUUGAAUGGUGUUGAUAGAGAUUUCGGAGAUUCUGAAGAAACUGGUGAUGAUGAUGAACCAGUACUAAAUGGAGGUGUGUGGAAGUGCGGACACUGUGACGCCAUUAAUGAGUCCAGACUGAUCUAUUCUGAGGUGAAUGAAGUGGACAAUGAAAUGAUGACUGAUCAGUCAGUAGAUAUACAGAUAGGCAUAUCUCUGCCCGACAUGAAGUGCCUGAUUGUAAACUCCGACGUGCGCGGCGUCGUGCGUCGCGUUGCCGGCGCAUGCUCAGGAGACUCUGUUACGCUCAGCGUGGCGCCUGCGCAGCGGUUUACUGUACAAGUUUAUAAUUAGGAUUCAUAUUUUAAACUGCUAAAGAUGCUUUUGAUGUUAUUAAAUAUGUGUCUGUAAAUAUAUUUUUUU